AAUUUCUUUAAAACUCACUCUUUCAGUAGCCAUGGAACCUCUUUCGCUCAUUUUGCUUUUGGCUUUCUUACUUUCAAUACCAAAUAUUUGCUUGGGAAAGGAUUUAAUUACUAAAACCCAAUUCCUUAGAGAUGGGGACACCAUUGUUUCAGAGGGUGGAACCUUUGUAAUGGGAUUCUUUAGCCCCACCAAUUCCUUAAACCAUUACAUAGGUAUAUGGUACAGAAAAGAUCCAGUUAAGACAGUGGUUUGGGUUGCAAACAGAGAUGAUCCACUUGCUGAAACAUCUUCGGCUGUCUUAAAGAUCACCAUGGGAGGCCAACUUGCACUUGUUGGAGACAAGGGUCAGCCUGUUUGGUCUGCCAACACAUCAAGAUCGGUGCCAAAUCCUGUUGCAGAGUUGUUGGAUUCUGGGAACCUUGUGGUUAGAGAUGCAGAUGAUGAAAAGCUGCAGAAUUUUCUCUGGCAAAGUUUUGAUUAUCCAACUGAUCAUUGGUUACCCGGAAUGAAGGUUGGGUGGAAUUUACAGACUGGUCAUGAGGUUUUUAUUACAGCUUGGAAGGGUGAAAAUGACCCAGCUUCAGGCCAAUAUACACUGCACCUGGAUCCUACUGGAUAUCCACAAGUUAUUCUCAAGAACAGAACAACUGAGAUUUUUAGCUCAGGUCCGUGGAAUGGUUUGCACUAUAGUGUAGAACCAGUAAAACAGAAAUACACCAACGUUGGCCCUUAUGGACUGGUAAGAAAUAAAAACGAGGUUUAUGUUUUCUAUAAUACCAGCUGUAAUUAUUCGGGUUUAUUUAGAUUAUCUGUUACAAGCAAUGGUAUUGUAAAAUUAUGGGUAUGGGAAGAUGACAUCAAACAAUGGGCGAGUUUUCUUACCGAACCGGUAGAUAUUUGUGACACAUAUGGUUUAUGUGGUGGAAAUGGUGUCUGCAACAUACAUGAUUAUCAUAUUUGUGGAUGUCUGGCCAAAUUUUUGCUUAAUAAUAAUGCUACAGAGAGUUUGUCAGUAGGAUGUCAUAGGAGAAAAUCUCUGAAUUGCCACAAUAAUGGAUCCUCAUCAGAUGGAUUCCUCAAAUAUUCUGAUAUCAAAUUGCCAAAUACAAAGCAGUCUUGGUAUAAUGAAUCUAUGAGCCUUCAAGAGUGUGAACGAGUUUGCUUGAGGAAUUGUUCUUGUAUGGCUUAUUCCACUCUCAAUAUAAGCAAUGGAGGAAGUGGGUGUUUGAUUUGGUAUGAUGAUUUAGUUGAUAUGAGAACAAUACCGGAUGGGCAAGACAUAUACAUCAGACUGGCUGCCACCGAAAUACCAGGGUUAACACCAGAACCACAUCAUUCAAGCUCAUUGAGGAAGAAAAUAAAAAUUCUUGUGCUUUGUUUUUCGAUGCCGGUUGUAAUAGUUCUUGCUGGGGUGUCUCUUUUCUUGUAUUUUUGCAAAUCAAAAAGGAAAGAGCAAAAUUUGAACAAAGAAUUAGAGCUACCAGCUUUCGAUUGGUCCACAAUAUCAAGAGCUACAAAUAACUUCUCAGAGAUGAACAAGUUAGGCCAAGGUGGAUUUGGAGCUGUAUACAAGGGUGCAUUGGAUGGGGGAGAAGAAAUAGCUGUGAAGAGGCUAUCAAAGAAUUCCACACAAGGUCUUGAGGAAUUCAUGAAUGAAGUCAUUUGUGUUGCCAAAUUACAACAUCGAAAUCUAGUCAAGCUUUUAGGGUGCUGCAUUAGCGGGGAAGAAAAGAUGUUGAUCUAUGAAUACAUGCCUAACAAAAGUUUGGACUUAUUCAUAUUUGAUCAAACAAAGAAAAGGUUCCUUGAUUGGCCAAAACGCUUCAACAUAAUUAAUGGAAUUGCGCGAGGGUUAUUAUAUCUCCAUCAAGAUUCUCGACUAAGAAUAAUCCAUAGAGAUCUCAAAACUAGUAAUGUUUUGCUUGAUGCUGAUUUGAACCCAAAGAUAUCAGACUUUGGUUUGGCUAGGAGUGUACUAGGAAAUGCAACUGGAGAUAACACAAAACGAGUUGCUGGAACACGUGGGUAUAUGUCUCCAGAAUAUGCCGGGCAUGGAAUCUUUUCCGUUAAAUCGGAUGUCUUUAGCUUUGGCAUUUCAGUACUUGAGAUAAUCAGUGGUAGGAGAAAUAAUGAGUUUAUCAAUGAAGAUCAAUACGUGGCUCUUCCCGAACAUGCAUGGAAGCUUUAUAAAGAAGGAAAAUCAAUUGCGCUGGUUGAUGAGCAUAUAGUUGGUUCAUAUGAUGUAGUUCAAGUUCUAAGGUCAAUUCAUGUCGGCCUUCUAUGUGUGCAACAAUCUCCAGAGGAUAGACCAAACAUGUCGUUUGUAGUUCAGAUGUUGGUUAAUGAUUUUGCAUUGCCUCACGCUAAAGAGCCUGGCUUCUUUUUUGGCAAGGAAUAUUCUUCAGGCACACAUGCAAAAGGUUCCCAAAAUGAAGUUUCAAUUACGACAUUGAAUCCCCGAACGGCAUUCACCCACAGUCUUGGUUGUCUGAUCUUCAUUUUAGGCUACUGUACUGUAGAAAUUUCUCUACCACUCACUCUUUCAGUAGCCAUGGAAGCUCUUUUGCUCAUUUUGCUUUUGGCUUUCUUGCUUUCACUUCCAAAUAUUUGCUUGGGAAAGGAUUUAAUUACGAAAACCCAAUUCCUUAGAGAUGGGGACACCAUUGUUUCAGAGGGUGGAAGCUUUGUAAUGGGAUUCUUUAGCCCCACCAAUUCCACAAACCGUUACAUAGGUAUAUGGUACGGACAAUAUCCAGUUCAGACAGUGGUUUGGGUUGCAAACAGAGAUGCUCCACUUGCUGACACCUCUUCAGCCGUCUUGAAGAUCACCAUAGGAGGCCAACUUGCACUUGUCAGAGACAACGAUGAGGCUGUUUGGUCUCCCAACAAGUCAAGAUUGGUGAAAAAUCCUGUUGCAGAGUUGUUGGAUACUGGGAACCUUGUGGUUAGAGAUGCAGAUGAUGAAAAGCUGCAGAAUUUUGUCUGGCAAAGUUUUGAUCAUCCAACUGAUCAUUGGUUAUCUGGAAUGAAGAUAGGGUGGAAUUUACAGACUGGUGAUGAGAUUUUUAUUACAUCUUGGAAGAGUGAAAAUGACCCAGCUUCAGGCCAAUAUACACUGCAUCUGGAUCCUACUGGGUAUCCACAACUUAGUCUCAGGAACAGAACAACUGAGAUUUUUAGCACAGGUCCAUGGAAUGGUUUGCGCUUUAGUGCAGCACCAAUAGAACAGAGCAACACCAUCGUAGGCCCUUAUGGACUGGUAAGAAAUAAAAAUGAGGUUUAUGUUUUGUCUAAAGCCAGUAAUUAUUCGAGUUUAUUUAGAUUUCUUGUUACAAGCAAUGGUAUUGUAAAAUUAUGGGUAUGGGAAGAUGACAUCAAACAAUGGGUGAGUUUUCUUAGCGAACAGGCAGAUAUUUGUGGCAGAUAUGGUUUAUGUGGUAGAAAUGGUGUCUGCAACAUAAAUGAUUAUCAUACUUGUGGAUGUCUGCCCAAAUUUUUGCCUAAUAAUAACGCUACAGAGAGUUUGUCACUAGGAUGCCAUAGGAGAAAACCCCUGAAUUGCCACAAUAAUGGAUCCUCAUCAGAUGGAUUCCUAAAAUAUUCUGGUAUCAAAUUGCCAGAUACGAAGCACUCUUGGUGUAAUGAAUCUAUGAGCCUUCAAGAGUGUGAACAAGUUUGCUUGAGGAAUUGCUCUUGUAUGGCUUAUUCCACUCUCAAUAUAAGAAAUGGAGGAAGUGGGUGUUUGAUUUGGUAUGAUGAUUUAGUUGAUAUUAGAACAAUACCGGAUGGACAAGACAUAUACAUCAGAUUGGCUGCUACCGAAAUACCAGGGUUAACACCAGAACUACAUCGUUCAAGUUCAUUGGGGAGGAAAAUAAAAAUUCUUGUGCUUUGUUUGUCGAUGUUGGUUGUAAUAGUUCUUGCUGGAGUGUCUCUUUACUUGUAUUUUUACAAAUCAAAAAGGAAAGAGCAGAAGUUGAUACAAGAAUUAGAGCUACCACUUUUCGAUUGGUCAACAAUAUCACGAGCUACAAAUAACUUCUCAGACAUGAACAAGUUAGGCCAUGGUGGAUUUGGAGCUGUAUACAAGGGUGCAUUGGAUGGGGGAGAAGAAAUAGCUGUAAAGAGACUAUCAAAGAAUUCCACUCAAGGUCUUGAAGAAUUCAUGAAUGAAGUCAUUUGUAUUGCUAAAUUACAGCAUCGAAAUCUUGUCAAGCUUUUGGGGUGCUGCAUUAGUGGCGAAGAAAAGAUAUUGAUCUAUGAAUACAUGCCUAACAAAAGUUUGGACUUCUUCAUAUUUGAUCAAACAAAGAAAAGGUUGCUUGAUUGGCCAAAACGCUUCAAUAUAAUUAAUGGAGUUGCGCGAGGGUUAUUAUAUCUCCAUCAAGAUUCUCGACUAAGAAUAAUCCAUAGAGAUCUCAAAGCUAGUAAUGUUUUGCUUGAUGCUGAUUUGAACCCAAAGAUAUCAGACUUUGGCUUGGCUAGGAGUAUACUAGGAAAUGCAAUGGGAGAUAACACAAAACGAGUUGUUGGAACACGUGGGUAUAUGUCUCCUGAAUAUGCUGGGCAUGGAAUUUUUUCUGUUAAAUCGGAUGUGUUUAGCUUUGGCAUUUCUGUACUUGAGAUAGUCAGUGGAAGGAGAAAUAGUGAGCUUAUUAAUGAAGAUCAAUACGUGGCUCUUCCCGAACGUGCAUGGAAGCUUUAUAGAGAAGGAAAAUCAAUUGCACUGGUUGAUGAGCAUAUAGCAGGUUCAUAUGAUGUAGUUCAAGUUAUAAGGUCAAUUCAUGUCGGCCUUCUAUGCGUGCAACAAUCUCCAGAGGAUAGACCAGACAUGUCUUCUGUAGUUCAAAUGUUGGUUAAUGAUUUUGCAUUGCCUCAACCUAAAGAGCCUGGCUUCUUUUUUGGCAAUGAAUAUUCUUCAGGCACACAUGCAAAAGGUUCCCAAAAUGAAGUUACAAUUACGUCAUUGAAUCCUCGUUGAAUGUAUAAUUUAGAUUUAUUUAAGUUCAGUAUGGG